AAUUUUACGAAAUGAAAAUUUUCAUAAAACACCGCCAGUGAAUUUGUGUAAUUUCGCACAUGGUUUUUCGGUACAUUUAAGUCUGUCUCGCUUCACUUGUAAUGGAUCAGGUACCUGCAGCGAUGGACAGACAUUUUGAAGUGAUUCAUUACCACAAAAAUGGAGGAAUUCUUCUUGGAGCGUCAAGUCUGACAGGACGAUACUGGUUUGGCUCAAUAUGGUACUUCGAAGACCCAGGCGUGGCCCCUGAUGUGGAAAAGUGUACAGCUGGGGUGCAGCUAGAGGCUGGUCUUAGUGAUGCAUGCUGGCUUGACCAGACAAGAGUACUGGUGGGGAUGGACACAGGUGGGCUGGCUUUGUGGGAGCUUACCGACAACCUACAUACAUUUGUGGAGCAGAGCUCAGCAGUAGAACAUGAUGAUAUUGUGUCGUCCGUUUGUGUUUGUGCAGGAGGAUCAAAUCUCCUCUCAGCUAGCUAUGACAGAUCUGUUAAAGUUUGGGACCAAGAGACACUUCAAUCAAUUCAUACAUAUAGAGGUCAUUCCGAUGUUGUACACUGUGUAUGUGGCCUCCCAAGUCAAUCAGAUGUGUUCCUAACCGCGUCACAAGAUGGCAAUGUGUGCCUCUGGGAUACACGUAAACCCAAACCAGUCUCAAGACUCAACAAAUCACCUCUGCAGUCAUUGCCAACAUGUGUAGCCUGGCAGCCAGGAGAGGAGCAUACUUACGUGGUUGGCGGGGAGUGUGGUUCCCUGGUUGUCAAAGAUACACGGGCUGCUGUAUCUGAUCACAUCACCCUUCGCCCACACCACAGGCCUGUCACCCGCGUCUCAUUCCAGACUGACAGGAGCUCCACAUUGGCCUCGGUAUCUGAGGACUGUACGGUGGUGGUUGUGGAUAUCGCUGAACAACAACCAAAACAGCUGUACAGAAGCACAGCCCACAAGGACUUUGUUCGCGGGGUAUCAUGGGCCAAUGAUGGCACAAGCAUUGAGAAACUUAUCACAUGUGGCUGGGACUCAAACGUGAUUUCCCACUUGGUUCCACGCUGGAGUAAGUCUAAUGAUCCUGCUGCUGGGGACCAGGUGAAAAUGGAGGUAAAUGGAGAACCAGCAGAAACACAGGAAGUCAAAGGGAGCAACUCUGGUCGCUUAGCAACUAAGAUUGAAAAUGUGGUCAACGGGAAUGGAGAUGCUGAUUUGGGUGAUUUGAGCCAAGUGAACACUAAAGCUGUUGUGGAAACACCGACAUGAUGUUUGUGGCAAUUAAGUUGUAAGAUUUGUUUCAUUUUGUGAAACUGAAAAACCAAUGUUUUGUUGGUUUGAAGUUCUGAACAAAUAUGCAUGUGUGUAAAAACAUAAGAACACUUCAUGCUUUCUGUUCAUACGCCAUUCGUGCACUCUUAGUUACUUGUCUUUCAAGUCUUUCAUGUUUUUGUAUCUAUCUCAGGAAGUCCUGAAGAGAUCAGUUUUGCAACCAUGAUUUUUUUCUGUAAUUGAAUAUGAUCAGUUUGAUUUUGCAAACAAGUGAUUAAUAUGUUUCUGUACAGUAAUUGGUUAUAAAAUCACUUUGAUACCCAAAAUAAGUCAUAAUUAUAAUCAAAAACGAUUUGGGCGAUAUCAAAUUAUGGAAAUUGAAAUCCUUUCUUUAUCAGUGUGAUCAGAUAUAAGUGCUUUCAUAUAACAUUUAAGGGACAAAGUAAUGUAAAAUACUUAGUGUUCUUUAUCAGAAACCUUCAUUUAAUUCAACUGUGGAAGAUUUAAUGAGGAAAAUCAUUUUCAACCGGAAGACAAAUUCAUCUAAUUUUAUACCCUCAAAGGGCGGCAUAUAGUAAUCAGACUGUCUGUACGUCCAUCCAUGCGGUCAGUUUCUUAUCCUUUAUUAAAGAGCGCUUGGCUCCAGCAACCUGAUAUUUUGUAGAAAGGUGAUUCGUGACGAGUAGCAAAUGGCCUCUUUCAAUUUUGAGGUCAGGUCAAGGUUGUGACGACCUUGUUAAAUAUUGAUUUAAAUUGCCAUGCAUGACAUUUGUGUUCUCAUCUCAAUCAAUGGUCAAGGUCCCAUUUUCAGGUUGAUGCUGAACAAAACUAAGUUACCAAAGUAUCUCUGCCAUUAUGAUUUACCUGAAAACGGAAAUUUUAUUAAACCUGACAGAGUUGUAGAGCUCCUUGAAAAGUUAUGUUAAGAUAAAUGGCAUUUAUUCAAACCUUUUAUUCAACAUGGGAAUUUAUCUGUGACGGAAUUUAUCUGUAAUUUAGAUAUUAAAGCUAUGAUCCUGAAAUACUUGGUAGCUAGCUAAGUGAGUAACACUUCUGUGUGCUUUAGUCUUAACAAAACAAGUAUCAAUUCUAUUCCCUUAAUAUAUUUAAUUAUCCAACAAUGCUUGUGGGAUGUAAUGGGAAUAUGUUCCAUUGAUGUCAAAGAUAUGUCUAACAUUUAACAAUUUUGAGAACAAUUGAUUCAUAAAAUCUGUUUUAAUUUCGCUGACAAAUGCAUUGGUUUAGAUUUCAAGCAUUAUUCUUGAUAUGAGUAUCAUAAUUUUUAUGUUAAUCUUUUAUUUGUUUUGAAGAUGUGUUCUAUUUUGUUUAGUUGAGGUUUGAGAUUCAGUACAACUCUUGUUUCACUUCCAUACAUAUAUAUGCAGUUUUGAAGGGCUUUAUAGUUGUUAAAGGCACAUAUUAUCUGAUUAAAACUUGAAAACAUU